AUGGACGCUCAGCUACUCAAGUUGAGCAAACAAAAGGAUAAGGCAUUACUUAAGGAAUUUCUUAGCACUUCACCUAAUGAUAAAAUUGCUGACAUUAUCAAAACAAAGCUUCAUCAGUCAACAACAAAUGACAGCGACAUAGUCUUGUUGAUUAGAUCCAUCUUGAUAGGUUCACCCAUUGAAGAAGGACAAUUCAAUCUAGAUCGUCGACAAGUGGUCAUUGACUGUGUUAUCGAAUGGCUGAGCUCAGAUCAUAGAGAUAUCAUAGACAAGUCCGGUCUAAGCUCAAGUGUGGUCAAUUUGAUUUUACCAGAAAUUGAGCUAUUUCCUUCAAACAUUUUACACGAGACAGCAUUGACCAUCAUCAAUCUUAUCGAUCAGUCAGACACAAUUCAUUCCAAGUUAUUGGAUAUCUUCACCAAAAUAUGGAACGCACUCUCAGCAGCAAAUGAGCUAACUGAACUAAAUGAUGUCUUUGAGAAAUUAAUCAGCGCAGACUGGGGAAAUCAGUCUAUAGUAGGCGUUUGCUCAGCUAUGAAUGAGAUGGAGCUAUCGAACAAGCAGAUGGAACAAUUUGAUCUGGAGGAAGUGCCUCCAUUUAUCUAUCAGCUCUUGCUUGUCUCAAGAAAAGGUCAUAAAAAGAAUGUCCUCAAGGGUAUAUUCGAUUACUUCAAGAAUGAAAAAGAUGAUAUUAGUGUUGAAGGAACAGUCAUGCUACAUAUGUCGUUUGCAGUCAAACAAGAUCAGGAACUAGGGAAUGAGCUCGUUAAAAUAAUGAAAACCAAUAAAAUGAACCAGUUAGACAUUUUUAGCACUGCAACCUUAUUGUCAGUGGCAAGGAUUCAUAGACUUCAGGAUACUAUAAUUGACUUGUUCAAAUCGGCAAUUAUAUCUGCCUUCAAGGACAAUGAAAGAUAUCAGCAAUGCAAUUGGAUAACAAAAUACUCGACAUCUGAUUCUGCUAGGUUUAGCACUGUUCUGCUAGAGAUUGCUGAUAGAUCUGCAGCUGGAUGGGAUCAAAUCAUUCAGAGCAUGACUCGUCUAUCAUUUGUAUUAAUUGACUCUGUGGCCAAUCAAGGAGGCUUUUUUGCUACAAGUCACUCAAGAAACAAGACAAGCGGAGAACCCAAUAAUGCGAAUAGCAAUCUAGCUAAUCUUGCUAUUCGUAUUCUGGCACGACUAUUCAAGCACCAUGACGUUGUUAGAAGUGAAAUAUUGGAGCAGAUCACGUCUCGUAUUGUAACAAGAUCAAACAGUGCGAAUGAUUUUAUUAGACUUUUAGAGAUCAUCAUUCACGACUAUCCUCAUGCUAUUGAAAAGCAUUUGACCACGUUGAAAGACACGCUGGAUCUACUUUCUUAUCUACCCUUUCCAAUUGCUGAGCGUUUGCUAAACGUAGUUAGGCCUGUUAUAAAGACAAACCAACAAUUUAGAGAUAAUUUGAUACUUGUACUAAGGAAAAGCUUGUUUGCAAAAGACAUUGAUGGAAGAGAAGUUGCAGUGCGUGGAUUUCUGAAUGUGUUGGAUGAUCUACUUGUCGAGUUGAAACAAAACGGUGCCUCAAGCCAAGCAGAGAGUGUUGCCUUUGAAAUUUUAGGUUUAUUACGUAGAUGUUUUAGCCAACAGAGUGAAAUUAGAGCAUGUGCUUACAAUGGACUAGGCACAUUAUCCGAAGACCAUGCCUCUUUUGCUGGGGAUGUGUUUGAACUGCUAUCUACACAGUUUAUGAAAAGUUUUGAAAGGAAUACUAGCAUGCCUUGUCCUAUCAAACUUGAUUCUUGCAUAGAACCUUCAAGCAGCGGAGGAUUCAUCAAGACAGUUGAACCGAUUCAUAUACUACUACUAAAUACCAUUCGUUCCCUGCAGGCAGCAGCUAGUGAUUCUAGUACAUGUUCUCUUAUUAUCGAGUCUAUCAACCGUUUUCGAGGCCAUAUAAAAUCAUUCGUUAUUCGGUUAUCUAAUGCUGCCCUAGAGGAUCUGGAGCUUGACAAGACGACUAGCUUUGAUGUUGAUACAUAUGAAGGUCAAAAGAACAUACAGUAUGCUAUGCUUUUACUCCCGCUUUACGAGAUUGCCAUUGAAUAUGAAUACUCUAUGAACGAAAUGAAUGCAGACACAAGCGAAGUCAUACUCAACCUAUUUAAAAAGCGUAAGGAUUUGAUGGGCCUACUUUCUUCGAUACCUGAUAGAAGCAAAAAGACAUUAAAUGCAAACAAGCCAUCAUCAAGCUUGAAAUUUAUAACAAAGGUGUUUAAAGAUCUGUUUGCGAGUGAAGACAAUAUGUCAGAACCACUUCGUAAUCUAAAAUCAAAUAUAGAGCUUGUACACUUUGUAGUCGUCAGUACAGGUGAUAGCUUAAAGUGUGCCAUCAAUGAUCCUUACAGACAUCGAGAUGAGGAAAGCUUCAAUAUAUGCAUUGAGCUAUGCCAACUCUAUUUGCAAAUUCUCACACAAGAAGAUUCUGAUAGCAUAUUCGCCAAUAACCAAUCUUUUAAAAAGGGACCUUCAGUACUCAUUUCCCUCAGUAAUCAUCUUUUGUCGAUAUUGGAAAUUGUUCGCAACGUAUGGCCCAGUCGCUUUGUUGAUUUUUUGACCAGCGUGUGUCGAUUACCCGAUAGCGAUCAAAACACGAUUAUUGCUUCGUUUAUUGAAAGCCUUCGAGAUAUUGUGAUAAAGUUUUUAUCGGGUCGAUCACCUAUUUACAAAGAGGUAUCUAGUAUAAUGCAAGUCAUUAGCUUCCUUGCUGGAACAUUUGAUAAAUCAAGUCAAGAUUAUUCUCAGCAUGCACAACAGAUAACGAACUGGGUGAAUGAAUUAGCUAAAGAUAGACCGAUUGAGGAUACAGGUCUUACAAAGGAACUCAUAUCGUUGCUUAUCCGUGUAUCAUCAGAUGCUGGAGAACAUCAUAUCAUACACGACCUGUGUGCGGAUCUUCAUGCUUAUGCGGGGGAAAUAGAAUCAAGCUUUGCAGACGAAGAUGAGCCUAUGGAAACUAACAUUCAUUAUCAGAUCAUCAGCAACAAAACAUUUAGUGUGAUUAUAUCUCAGGUAUUUGAUUAUCUGGAUCAUUCCUUUGAUGAACUUAUUUGGGCUAUCAGCAAACUACGUUUGUAUGCUGUCAAUGCGGACGAAGAUGUGCCAUCUUUUGAACAAGACAUUUGUGAAUGCUUUAUUCUAUACAUGAAGACUUUAAGUGAACUAGUACGAACAGUGCUUUCUGACACAGGUUCAGAGAACCUAUUCAAGAAUCUAGCUAAGCUUUACAAGGCACUGCAGGCCUUUAUUAAAUAUAAACUUGCUUUUAUUGGAGACAUGUCUCAAAUGUUUAUCAAGGUGAUCAGCAUAUCAGGAAGUGAUAUUACAGAUAGAAUGUAUAAAUUCUUGACGAUUUAUGGACAAAGGCAGCAAUUAGCCGAUGCAUCACACGGUAAAAAGAAGAGCAAGGGCAAGAGACGAAAAGAAAUCAAUAUAAAACAAGAAGCAAGAGUACAGCGUGAGUCAAGGAUGAUACCCCAAUUGAUCUAUAGUGUAGAGCAGUAUGAAAGACAUCUUAUUCAAUUAAGUCGCAAAUCUAGAGUCGACUUUAUGCAAUACAUGAAGCGUAGUACGUCCCGUGACUUUAAGAUUGAGAUCAGCUUGCUUAAUGAAGAGUCUUCUAGUGAAGAUGAAAAAGAGAGCACAAGCAGUGCUAGUGAAACACCAUCAAAAAGAGCUAGAUUGUCAUAG